CCGUCGCGCGACCGGAAGUGGGGCGGUCGCCGUGGUAACGCGGUUGUGUUUGUCGGCGGGCGCGGGCGGCCCGAGGCGGCAGGUGCCUUGAGAAGCAAUGGCCACAGCGGCUUUUCUGAACUUAGCACUGUCUCACCACUACUUCCCUUCGAGCACAGCAGCCCCGUUCUCCUGUACAACCGCCAUCGACAUGCAUGUUGCCAGGCCAAAAUCCGCCAAGGGACGCACGAGGCCGAGCUUCAAUUACUCUCAGAACAUGGAAACCUGUCCUUGCCGAGUGCCGCCUUCCCCACCACUGGCAGCUCCCCAUGAAUUAGUGAACAGCCAGAGAGCGUCGCCCACAAAACCGCCAUUCCCGUCUGGCCAGGUGUCUCCUGAGGAAAUCCCGGAGCUCCUGCAGCAAGUGCCUUUGAGGACCUCCUCUUCCCUGAACAAGUACAGGGUGCUCCCCUCCAUCGGCUGGAAGGGCGUAGGGAGCGGCACUGUGGAAGCGGUGGCUGAACAGACCGACCGGCUGACAGUGAGCAGGGAGCGGGAGGACACUCCGAAAAUCAAAACUUUUCCUGGAGAACAAGGAUCUGCCAGCGUGUUGUCAGAAAACGAUGUCUUGGAUGAAGAGAGCUCACACGUGCAAUGUCCUCCUGAAGAGCUGGGGAGGAAGAUGAGACAAGAGAACCCUUUGACAUCAACUUUAAGUUUGGAAGAGCCACCGAAAGAAGAGCCGCGAUUGCUGCUCGCCAUUCGAUCUCCCUCUGGUCAGAGAUUUGAGCAUCACUUCAAGCCCACCGACAGUCUCCAGAUGGUCCUUGCUGUGGUAGAGCAGAAAAUGUCGGCCAAAUACAAACGCUGCAGUGUUGAAACGGUGGAGGUGCCCCGAAGGAGUUUCUCUGACCUUACGAGGUCCCUCCGCGAGUGUGGGAUUCUCCACAAGUCCCUGCUGUGCAUCCAACAGACAGAGCACCACGAGGCAGAUCUUUAGGUGCCCAGAGAGGCCGCUGCGCUGCUCCGGGCUAUUCUGCUGAGGGGGGUGCAUUACUUCCUCCAAAAACCUGAAAUUCUGGUAUCUCUUGGGCCUGCUUCUUCAUCUUGCCGUCUUCCAAACACUCCCCUUGAAGCAGACUUAUGUAGACGUGUCCAAAUAGCUUUUCAGGUGUGUUGAAAUGCUACGUAAAUAGCAUCUUUUUUCACGUGUGCCAUCACAAAUUGCUUCCUAGUGCCACCAACUCUUGACCUUUUUGGUUUUCUGAAAUUGCCAAUGUUCUUCUCUGCAGACUGAAGUUUCUGAGACCUCUCACCUUGGCCUGUUUCCAAACUUCAGGAAGGUACCACUUCCCAGAGUGGAUCCAGAUGCAGAGGCACCUAUCUGGGGGGGUAGAAAGGAACUGGUUUACUCUGGAGGACCAUCUUCAGUAGGUUCUCAUCAUCCUAAACAUCUCAAGAGUGACUGAAAGGGAUCAAACCCCAAAACCAUCUGGAAAUAACAGUAAAAUGGAUUAUUGUGAAGUAUUAAAUUGCAAGACUGAUGGCAAUGUACCUGUGAGGGCUCAGCCCUUUCUGGGUAACCUCAGCGCAGCUUUUAUGACCACGUCAUUGGUGAGCAGCAGGCUUGUCUACUUAGUUUUCCUUCUCUCAUUCAACUCGUGUGAUCCAUAGGUAAGAAGAGACGUAGAGUUAAGAUGUUACAAAAUAGUUCCAUUUAACACCUUUACACUAAGUCCAAGAAACCAAGUGCUGCUUUGAGAGUUUUUAAAUAAAAAUGUAUUCAUUGGAUUUGACUGAGGAGUUGGCUCAGGCAGUACUGUGUUUUACUAAACCAAUAUUUAAAAAAGGCUGGUUAAAAUGUGGCAGGUUUUAGAUAAAGACAACGUGCUUGUGCUAAAAAAGAGUCUUCUAGGUUUCUAAUGGAAAUUCUUGUGGUUCAAAGGCAGUCAUUCAACUCGCCCAAAAAAUGGACCACAUUCCAUGCAGCUGAGCGAGUUUCAAUAUUUUGCAGUGAAACAGCCAUGUUUUAAGCUCAGCAUAAUUGCCAAAGCACCUCAGAGCAGUAACAGCAGUGGAAAGCUGAGCCUGGUGUCGACUGAGAGCAUAUCAGCUCCUUCCAAAGCAAGUGUUCAGGCUCCAGCAGCUUCAUAAAAGUGGAACCUGGUGACACCCACUGCUGUGGGCGAUGGCGAGCGCGCGGUAGCAGUCCUGGUGCCUUCAGAGGAACCAGACUUGUGAAACGCAGGGAUGCUUUUAGUCAAACCUCAGUGGGGCGCAAAGUCCUUCACUUAAGGGUUCAGGAACCAUUUUCUGUGUUUAAGUCAGCCUUAAGCAGUUAAUUCCCUUUUGAUUUUGUGUGUACUGUUACUUCUGCAUUUCAGUGUUUUCAUGCUGUGUGGUAGUACAAUCAAUAAAACCUUUUAGGUUGAAACUUGAACUUUAAAUGAUUUCUGUGAA